GGCGCUUUCUCUGCCUUUCAGUGGAGCUCCGAAACACUCGGCCCCUCCCUCCCUGCGACUCGGCGGCCCGCCCAGCUAGCACAAACUCCCGAUUGAGACUUGCCCGAGUCUGGGGGAACCGAAACGGCCUGGGAAAUCGACUAACAAGACGGAGGCCGCCCCGUUAACCGAUAUAUGAGCCGGCCCUCUGUUGCAGACUCAUCCUCAAAUUAAAGGGACAGGCGACCGCUGCUUGCAUUAGCUAAACAGGCUGUCUGCUCCGGACGACCGUCCAAAAGGCCUUAUAGAGAGGGUGUCUCAGCUGUCACUUUUGGUGGAGGCCAAUGACGAGUAAAGACAAUGGAUGAGGAUGUGACGAGACUCGCACUCCGUUCCCAAGAGCCGAAGAUCAUCCUCCAUGGGUCAGAUGAUGGAGGGAUGUGUGGAGAGGAGUAUGUUGUGGAACUGCAGGAGACUGUAUUGGUCUCAGAGGGGGAGGGAGAAGGAGAGGGGGAGGGCGUGGCAGUGAGGGGCUUCCCUUCUGAUGAGCUCGUCAUCCAGGAUGCCGUGGAGGAUGUAGUCGCCGACGACGAUGAGGGUGUCACCGUGGAGACGUGCGUGAUGUCUUUGGAGGGUGAGGAAGAGGAUGAGGAGGGUGUCGCCAUGGCGGAGAUGUCGGAGGAUGUGUUGGUAGCGGACGGGAGGGAGCAUGAUGGGCUGGACCAUGAGCAGGACUCGGACACGUGUGGAGACUAUCUGAUGAUCUCCUUGGAUGAGGCGGGGAAGAUGGUUUCAGCUGAUGGAGAGGAGGUGACUGUGGAGGGAACCAUAGGUGAUCAAGAAGUGGAGAAAGACGAGGAUGGUCAGGAAGUCAUUAAGGUUUACAUCUUUAAAGCUGACUCCGGGGAGGAUGACCUGGGUGAGCCAGUGGAUAUAGGGGAAGGUGACUCGGAAACUCUGGCACUGACAGAUACCGUGGGCAGACCGCUAAGGGAAAAGAUGGUUUACAUGUCUGUGGGUGACAGCCAUCACACUCAGCCAGACGGAGGCUCUAAACUCUCUGAUGAAGUGUAUAUGGAAGUGGUAGUUGGAGGCGAAGAGCCAGUGGCUCAUGACAGAGCGUAUGACAGCACAGCCCUCAGCAAGGACUUCAUGCCUGUGUCGUGGGCAGCUGCUUAUGGAGCAGAGGACCAUGAUGGCUGUGAGAACAGGAAUGGGGCAGCGAGUGCCUUGCUGCACAUUGAUGAGUCGGAUGCUCUCGACCGACUCAACCAGCAGCACAGCAAGAACCGCAGACGUGCUGAACCCAGACAGGUGCAGACAGCAAUCAUCAUUGGCCCGUACGGCCAGCCCCUCACCGUCUAUCCCUGCAUGCUCUGUGGGAAAAAGUUCAAGUCCCGCGGCUUCCUAAAGAGACACACGCGUAACCAUCACCAGGACGUGCUGAGCCGCAAGAAGUACCAGUGCACGGACUGCGACUUCACCACCAACAAGAAGGCCAGCCUGCACAACCACAUGGAGGAGCACGCACUCAGCAGUAAGGCACCCUUCGAGUGCGACACGUGUGGGAAGGAGUUCCACCAGCAGGCGGCGCUCUUCUCUCACCGCCUGCAGCACCACCACCGCGAGCCCAAGACCCCAACUGCUCCUCCGCCCGUCGCCGUGGGCGCUGCCUUGCAGCUGCCGCCCACCUCUGUCGCCGUUGCCAAGACGCACAAGUGCAAGUUUUGUGAAUACGAGACGGCGGAGCAGGGCCUGCUCAACCGCCACCUGCUGGCUGUACACAGCAAGAGCUUCCCGCACAUCUGUGUGGAGUGCGGCAAGGGCUUUCGCCACCCGUCGGAGCUGAAGAAGCACAUGCGCACACACACAGGCGAGAAGCCCUACUCCUGCUCGUACUGCGACUACAAGUCAGCCGACUCGUCCAACCUGAAGACGCAUGUGAAGACCAAGCACAGCCGCGAGCUACCGUUCACCUGCGAGCGCUGCGGCCAGACCUUCGGCGAGGAGGAGGAGCUGGCGCAGCACGCCGCCUCCCACGAGGAGGCACGCGGGCACCAGUGUGCACACUGUGAGCACCGCAGCUCCAACUCCAGCGACCUGAAACGCCAUGUCAUCUCCGUGCACACCAAGGACUACCCGCACAAGUGCUCCGCCUGCGGGAAGGGCUUCCACCGGCCGUCCGAGCUGAAGAAGCAUGCGGCGGCGCACCGAGCCAAGAAGCUGCACCAGUGCCGCCACUGCAGCUUCAAGAUCGCCGACCCGUUCGUGCUUAGCCGCCACAUCCUGUCCGUGCACACCAAGGAGCAGCAGCAGCAGCAGCAGCAGCAGCAGCAGCAGCAGUCCCAGCAGCAGCCCACGUUACAGGUCCCGCCACCGCAGGAGAAGAGCGCCCCCAAGAGGACUAUAGGGGCGGCGCAGCUGGCGCUGGGUGGGGCGGCGAUGAUCAAGAAGGUAGUCGGCGCGAAGGGCCCGCGGGAGAGGCGCGUGUACCAGUGUCAGUACUGUGACUACAGCACGGGGGACGCCUCUGGCUUCAAGAGACACGUCAUCUCCAUCCACACCAAGGACUACCCGCACCGCUGCCAGUACUGCUCCAAGGGCUUCCGCCGGCCCUCUGAGAAGAACCAGCACAUCAUGCGGCACCACAAAGACAUGGUCCCGCCGGAGUGAGGGUGGAGGAGGUUCCCUGCAUCACCCUCAUCCUCCUCGCCCUCUUCCUGGCUCUGUCGUGCCUCUGUGCGCUCCACUUGCUUCCAUGACAACGCUAAAUGGCCAAUGGCUCACUAGUGACAUCACUCCCAUGGCAACCUCUGCACAGGGCUUCUGAUAAGUUGGCCCGGCGUGUUUAACUCGGGGUCUGUGUGUGUGUGUCUGUGUGUAUGUAUAUAUAUAUGUGUGUGUGUGUGUGUGUGUGUGUGUGUGUGUGUGU